CCCUUGGCAUUUCAUCCUCCCUCGAUUCCAAAAACCCUAGCUCCCCUCCCCAAAACCCUAGCCCCCCAUGGCGCUCUCUCUCCGCGUCCGGCGAGCUCUCACCCUCUCCUCCUCCAUCCUCGACCGCCAUUUCUCGUCGAUCUCCUCCUCCCCUCGUCUCUUCUCCCCGAAACCCUACCCUUCCACCCCGGGAAACCCUAGCCCUCACCCUACACCGAGGCCUCACUCCCUGAUCCGACCCCAAUCGUUUCGGUCGUCGCCGGCCUUGAUGGACCGGCGAUUUGAUAGCAAGGAGCCGGAGAUUGGGCCUGACGAUAUCUUGUUCGAGGGUUGCGAUUAUAAUCACUGGCUGAUUACUAUGGAUUUCCCAAAGGAUCCUGAGAAUGCGCCGACGGCCGAGGAAAUGGUCGCGACUUAUGUUAAGACCGCUGCUAUGGUCUUUGGAAGUGAAGAGGAGGCAAAGAAGAGAAUUUAUGCUUGCAGCACAACAACUUAUCAGGGUUUCCAAUGUGUAAUGGAUGAGGAGACAUCUGAGAAAUUUAGGGGUUUGCCGGGAGUUGUUUUCAUUUUGCCAGAUUCAUACAUUGAUCCUGUGAACAAGGAAUAUGGAGGGGAUAAAUAUGAAAAUGGGGUCAUUACGCAUAGGCCACCUCCAAUUCAAUAUAGAAGGCAAGACGGGAGGCAAGGACGGUAUGGUGAUAGGAACAGAAACUAUGAACAGCAAAGCCAAGGACGGUAUGGUGACAGGCAAGGAAAUGUACCACAAGAUGGUAGGGGUCAGCGCUUCAGCCCGCCACCUCAAGAUGGAAGGGGCUUUGGGCCCCCACCGCAAGAUGGAAGGGGCUUUGGGCCCCCACCGCAAGAUGGAAGGGGCUUUGGGCCCCCACCGCAAGAUGGAAGGGGCUUUGGGCCCCCACCGCAAGAUGGAAGGGGCUAGGAUGGAAGAGGUUUUGGGCCCCCGCCGCCUAGUGGAGGACGAGAUGGUUAUCAUGGAGGACAAAGAGAUCAAAUGCCUCCUUAUCAGAGCGAGUUUCCUCAAGGACAGCAAGGUGGUUUCCCUCCACAGGAACAGAGGAAUUUCGCCAAUGAACAAGGAGGAGAUUAUAGGCCUGGAUCUACAGGGAACUAUGGACAGGGGUCGGGUCCUGGUUUUGCUGGAGGAUUUAGACAGGGUCCAGGAGCAGGUUACAAUGGUGAUGCUGGACAAUACAGGCAAGGACCGGGUUUUGUUCAAGGACAAAACUCAACUGGUCCUGUUGAAGGACAGUGGCAGGGGAAAUAUUGA